AUCACGAACUACGUUUCCGUACUUUCUAUGUGUCUGCUUCGAAAAGCUUUCUCUAUUCUUUUCCAAGCAGAGGGCGGGAGGUCAAAGUCUCAUCUUGUGGAGAAUAAACCCUAAGACCAAAAUUUCAGAAUCCAAAUACGAAAUUUGUUUCUCGUGGAUCGAAAGCUUUAAUUUAAUCGUUUUGGGUUGUCUCUCCGAUGUUGCCUGGCCGAAUCUGGUUUCACUUUGAUGGUUGACGCCGUUCCUUUUGAUGCUCUGCUUAAUUUCUAUCACGGUUUCUUGUUCGGAUGAAAGAUGAGAUUCCUGGAGAUGUUUUCGUUCGUUUUCACGAUCAGAUUGAAAGGUUAGAGUAUUCAGGUCCAAAGAGCUUAGAUUUUUGUGACAAUGGGUAGAAAUAGAAUUCUCGCCAUUUUAGUCUUAGUUUUGAUAGUUGCUGGCGGAUCCAAUGCAUCGAUGAUUGGAAGGUUUCGAACAAUGGUGAGGAUUUUGCAGAAGGAGACUUUAAAUCAAACGGAGAUUAGUCCAUCGCCUAGCCCCAGUUCGGAUGAUAAAUCGAGUAAUGAGACCCCUCAAACUCAAAGUUCCCAGAAUGCGCGGGAUGAAAGCCAGCCCAUUGCUUCAUGGAAUGGAAAGUGUGAUGUGUCGUCCAACAGGUGCAUGGAUCAGAAGAAGUUGAUUGCCUGCCUACAACAUCCUGAAGAUGGAUCCCAGUUCCUUCUGGUGCAAAAUGAAGGAGAAAGCACUCUGAAAGUGAAUGUUGCAGUCCCACCUUCUAUAAACAUUGCUUUAAAGGAGAUAGAAAUACCUAAACACGAAAUCAAAAAGAUCAAUUUCUCAGUUAGUGCUGCAAGUGCUGAAAUAGUACUAAAUGCUGGAAAUGGUGAUUGUGUGCUUCACAUGGGACUUCCCCAAUCGGAUGAAAACAUUGUCCAGCAGCUUUUCUCUCAUGCCUCCCGUCUUAAUUUUACUCCCAUCUAUGGUGCAUAUAUUUUGUUGCUGACAGCUCUGAUUGUUGGAGGAACAUGGGCCUGUUGCAAGUUUGGAAGGAAGGGAAGGCAGCAGGGUGAUGGGGUCCCAUAUCAGGAGCUUGAAAUGGCACUGCCUGAGGCUGUUUCAGAUGUCAAUGUGGACACAGCAGAUGGUUGGGAUGAGGGCUGGGAUGAUGACUGGGAUGAGGAGAAGGCAGUGAAAUCAGAAGGGGGACGUAAUACAGGAAAUGUUUCUGCGAAUGGUCUGACUUCCAGGUCUUCUAAUAAGGAUGGAUGGGAAAAUGAUUGGGAUGAUUAGAGUUUUGUAGAA